AUCCUAGGGAGGGGGUGUAAUGCGCAUCAGCGACUCCUAAGAAACACCGCCUAUAGCCUGCAAUUCUCCUUCUCUUCGCUCCUCUUACGUUCUUACCUGGGAGCUGAUUUACAGCUUCGAUUUCCUCUGUAAUGGUGUCGAAGAAAGAAGAGAAAUAGGGUUUGUUCUUGUAAACAUCUCCUGGAACGAUGGACGCACUUCUCCUCAGAAAUCCUAAUUUCACGCGACCUAACCUCGGGAAACAGAUAAAUUUAAAGAAGCCAAUAUAUGGUGUAGUUUUCAGAAGGCCUACAUGUACAAUGGAUGCAACUUUUGGAAGUAACUUAGGAAAUGUUCCAAAAUUUCCACGAAUGAACGUGUGGAACCCUUAUAAGCGCCUUGGUAUUAGCCCUGAUGCUUCUUCAGAAGAAAUAUGGAGUUCACGCUAUUUUCUGUUGCAACAAUAUGCUGGACAUGAGAGAAGUGAAGAAUCCAUAGAAGCAGCAUUUGAGAAAAUAUUGAUGGCUACCUUCGAACAAAGGAAGAAAACAAAAUUUAACCUGAAAACCAGGUUAAAAAGGAAAAUGGAGGAGUCUCCAUCUUGGGUAAAGAAUUUGCUCAGUUUUGUAGAAGCCCCUGCUAAAGAAGUGAUUCUUAGAAGACUUUUCCUCUUUGCUUUCAUGGGUGGCUGGAGUAUAGUGAAUUCUGCACAGGGUGGACCAGCAUUUCAGGUGGCUGUCUCCUUGGCAGCUUGUAUUUACUUCCUCAAUGAGAAGACACAGAGCUUAGCCAGGGCUUUCAUUCUCGGAUUUGGAGCUCUUGUGGGUGGGUGGAUAUGUGGUUCUUUCCUAGUUCCUGUGGUGCCUUCUGUUCUUCUACAGCCAACUUGGACGCUCGAACUGCUCACUUCUCUUUUUGUCUAUUUCUUCAUGUUUCUUGCAUGUACCUUUCUCAAGUGAAAAACCUUGCCAGUGUUUUUGACUCAAUAAAUGAUGUCAAGAGCUAGGUCAAAUUGACCAUUUUUUGAGGAA